CUAUUGCCUGAUUCCUAUCGAUAUCGAAUAACAUUCAUUGUAUUUGCUGCAAGCUAAUAAGGCUUUCAACUAGAAUUUUGUCUCGCAAAGAAUCAAAUCUUGUCUCGACAUUGCUAAAUUACCUUUUAUCGUUCUACAUGUUUACCUAUACUCAACCAUUGUUUACAAGGCGCGCCUUGCUCUCCGGAAAGUCAUCCCUCACACAGUUAUCGCAUUCUAGAGCUCUAUCUUUCUCAUCAAGAGCCAUGUCUAAGAAUGACUGGAGUGCCACUCAAUAUCUGAAAUUCGAGGAUGAGCGGACUAUGCCGGCUCGCGACCUCCUUGCUCGGGUUCCUCUCCAAGCCCCAAAACGAGUAGUUGAUCUGGGUUGUGGACCGGGCAAUUCCACCGCUGUUUUGGCAACUCGUUACCCUGAUGCUCAUAUCGUGGGAAUGGAUUCAUCACCCGACAUGAUUCAGAAAGCAAAGGCGGCUCUCCCAACCUACGAGUUCAGUGUCGAAGACUUGCGGUCCUAUUCUCCGCCUCCGUCAGUCGAUCUUUUCUUUUCCAAUGCUGUUUUCCAAUGGCUGAAGAAGGAAGAGCGGAUCGCCGUCAUUAAAGGCCUGAUGGAGACUCAAACCUCUGGAGGAGUGUUUGCCUUUCAAGUGCCAGAUAAUCUGAUGGAGCCCUCCCAUGUCUUGAUGAGGGAGGUUGCCACCAAUGGUCCCUGGGCGUCCACUCUCAGCAAUGUCGGCAGAGAUACCUUUCAGUCACCACAGGAGAUAUAUAAUCAACUGAAGGAUUUGUCUUCUGAGGUGAACAUUUUCAGAACUGAGUACUACCACUCACUUGAGGAUCACAACGCCAUUGUGGAAUGGGUAAAGGGCACCGGGUUAAGACCCUAUGUUGACCCAUUGUCGCCGCAGGAUAAAGAAGCAUUUUUAAGCGAAUAUCUGAAGCGAUUGGAGAGUGCGUAUCCCAAGUUAAUCGAUGGUCGGGUUCUGCUACCCUAUCCACGGUUGUUUGUCGUAGCGGUCAGGAAAUAAGGUUAACGAUGGAAGUAUUGCUCAGCAAUCUCUAUACAAGUAUACUUGGGUUAUGAUAUAGCAAAUACAAUUUCUCUUUCUAGAGAUUAGAGCAUAAUUUGGGCGAUUGAUUAUGCAAGCUAUAUAUAAACAUCAUUAUGCGUGCAGAAUACAAUUAUACUGCCAGAG